GAGUCGCUGAGCGUGCAGCAUGGCGGACGAUGGAGACAGUUGGAGCGGAGCGGUCGACGCGAGCGGCGGCUGGGGGCCGAUAGACGCGCUGUGUCUGGGCGGCAUGUUGCUGGAAAUCGGCGUUUUCGUGCUCAUAGCGGCGGUCUGCUACGUGGCGUACCGGCGGUUCGGCAGGCGGCACGGCGCCAACGCGGCCCAGGGCGGCGAGGCCUCGACGCUUCCCAAGAUGAGAAGGCGUGAUUUCACUUUGGAGCAGCUGGGGGAAUACGACGGGCUGCAAAACCCCCGGAUCCUAAUGGCAGUCAAUACGAAAGUCUUCGACGUGACCAGCGGCAAAAAGUUUUACGGGAGAGAUGGUCCUUAUGGCAUUUUUGCAGGCCGGGAUGCAUCAAGAGGCCUUGCAACAUUUUGCCUGGAGAAGGACGCGCUCAGAGACGAAUAUGACGACUUGUCAGAUCUCAGUGCUGUACAGAUGGAGAGUGUCAGAGAAUGGGAGAUGCAGUUCAUGGAAAAAUAUGAUUACGUCGGGAGGCUUCUGAAACCCGGGGAUGAACCGUCGGAGUACACGGAUGAAGAGGACAUCAAGGACCACCUUAAACAUGACUGAAGGUGUCCCAUCAACAUGACCAAAGCCAGGAGCCCAAACGGCUGCGACAGACCGCCCGCACUCCCCCGAAAUGUUCCCCCACCUCACCCCUACACCCCCCAGCCCACCUACCCCUCACCCCUCCUCUCUACCGCCCCAAUCCAUCCGGUAUAUUGGCUGUUCUGGAAGAGCAGGACUCAGUCUGUCAGCCCCCGCCCAUACUCCAACCCGCCAACCUCUCUUCAUUCGGUGCCCAGACCUCCCUCUUUCUUGGUCCUGCAAGAUUGCCGCUGCCAAACAUAAACAAACAAAACGAGCAAACAGUGAUUGAGAACCUUGGUGGGGACCUUGAAUAACUGUCAUGUAUUAAGGGAAGGGGUUUGUUUGCAGGUUGCAUUCGUAAAGGAAGCAAAGCAACAAAGCAUUUUACUCUGUUGUCUACCUGUGUGUGUAGGGGGGGUACCCCCUGAAUAUCGUAUAAUCACGUUCGCCAUUGAGCAUGUGGCAGUGGAAUGGUGAGAGUUGGUCUCGCAGGGUCAGAAACUAUCAUUGGGGCCUUGGGAUGUGGAAUGGUGUUUCUCUUCUCCUAUUUAGUCGCCUGGCAAACAAACUGCAUCAGCUUCUCGAAAGCUUAUCAAUCAUUUUUUUUUGUUUUUGUUUUUAUUUGGGGAAAAAAGCUUUCCUUGAUUUGUUGUUUUUAUUUUUCCAACCCCUGUUGAAAGGGCAGUUCUGGGGCCUAACCAAAGGCAAUGGGGAGGGGCUUUGCAUAUUCCUGUUUUUGUAGUGUAUGCACUACUAGAUUUGUUUGUUUGUCACCAUGUGAUUGUAUUUGUUGUAGCUUAGUGGGAGGGUAUGGGAGGGGUGGGUCG